UGCGCAACCAAACGUAUUUACCUGUUGCCUCCAGCUAGCGUUAGCCUGCUUAGCUAGGAAACUGUUAGCUUACUACAUAUUUAGUUAAAAGUUCGUGGUUGUUGUUUUCCUUGUCAUAUCGUUCUGAUACUUUCCAAAAUAUUGUAUAUUUACCCCAUUUACUGUUCCAGCAGAGGACAACUACAGCUGGAGGAACUUAACCUAGCUAAGAUGUCCAUGGACAACAGAAAGAGGCCAGCGGCUUCCUCCAACUCUGGGAACUUUGCUUUCUGUUCCUCGUCAUUCCGGCGUCAACCAGCCAGGGUCCUGAUCGUGGAGGCACUGCCUCCAUGUUGGUCAGAGACCUGCACGGUGAUCUGUGAUGCUCUGGAUAACUUCUUGUCCCUGGCCUGUAGCCUGGAUGGACCAUGUAGGAUACCGCUACUCAGUCUGUACGCCAUCAGCCGGCAGCAGGAAUGCCUACUGCCAUUUGCGCAGGUUCGUGGUAACUUGGCCAGGCUGCACUCCUGCGUGGAGGAGCUGAGGUCUAUUCCAGGUGAAGGCUGUGUCAGGGGAGCAGCCAGAGGAGGCGAGCUGCUGCGUCAGGCAGUGCUGGACAGUCUACAACAGUUUAAACAGUACAUCAGGCAUACCAGCACUGGAAACCAGGCCAACAGCAACAACACAUCUGUGGAGGUUACUGUGGUGACCAGCCAGCCAGGGAAGGGCAUUGUCCAUCAUUUAGAGACAGGUCUCAAAGAUGCUGACCUGGUGCCACUAAAGCGGCUCCUGGUUGUACAGAUCGGCACUGCAGGAGACUGGGGCCAGGACACUCCCUCACCUGAAGCCACAUACGCUGAGACUGAAGAGUGUCUGAUGUUGGGGACAGAGGUCGACCUGCAGCGGGUGGAAAACAGUGUGGCUGCCAUGGAAACGGUGUUAAAGGCAUGGCUUCAAGAGCAGGGAGGAGACAGAGAGCACCUCCACCUGCUGCUGCCGAGCCCCACAGACAGUCUCAUUCCAGUGUGUGUGAAGUGUGACAUGCAGGAGCGUCUAAUAAGCCCCGCCCUCCUUCCCCUGACCCCUAACCUGGGAGUGAAGACUGAGAGCGCCCUGGACUUCCUGCCUGUCACUAAGGUCUCAGCCAAUCAGAGCCCAGCACCACAGAGACUGAAAGUGAUCAAGGUUCUGCACGCAGAUGGAGUGUGUGAGAGUGUGUUGUACGGCCUGCCGUUGGUCAUCCGCCCCACCACCUGCUGGCAGCUGGACUGGGAUGAAAUGGAGGCCAACCACAACUUGUUCCACGCGCUCUGUCACAUUCUCAGGAGUCGUGACUUGUUCCUGCUGCUGCAGGUGGAGCCUGCCCAGAGGUCCACAGCUGGAGGCUCAGGUGUGUAUUCCCACUACGUCCUCCAGCCGUCCCCGUCUCUCUCCCUCCUUCUGAAGCCUGUGGUCUCUAGAGAGUUGCUGCUGCCCUGCUCGCUGCCCAUCUCAACUCAGGACCCUGCACCUGACGCCGUGCAGACUGUACAGGGUUGUCUCACUCAGCUGGACGAGGAGUUUGUGUUCAACCCUCUCUCUCUGUGCAGUAACCUGUACCGGCACCUCAGGAGCAGAGGCCUGUUCUCUCAGCCACGAUACCCUUACAGGCUCCAGCCAGCAGCUGUCGUCAGAGACCAUCCUCAACCACCAGAGGGCACUAAAACAACAGGCAGCAGACAGCGUGGGCAGCCACAAAGCCAGGGUCGCCAUCUGGGAACACACAGCAAGGUCAGGGCCACGGUGGCUCCGAUGCCCUCUUCCUCCUCCCACCCCUCCUCCUCUUCCUCCUCUCUGGGACCUCCUCCUGCCAAGGCCUUGCGUCCGGCUCUGACGCUCCUCGGCAGCAGCAGUGGAAGCCGCCGGGCCCCGGCCCCUUCUCGUCACAAGGAAGACGACGAUGACUCCAUGGUUUUAUAGUCAGAACAACUGUAGGGUGAGUCGAAGAAAGUGUGCCGAGAGAGCAAUACAGUGACGAGAGAGAGAGAGAGAGAGAGACAGAGAGAGAGAGAGAGAGAGAGAGAAGCAGUGAAGUACAUUCUUAACAAGUCAUUUAACACACACACACACACACACACACACACACACACACACACACACACACUUUGAAAUCCCAACCUGUCACUUCAAAGGGCUUUCCAGUGAGAAACAGUGUAGCUAAGUCAGCGCGCACACAAACACACUCACACACACGUUUGGCUAAUCGGUCUCCAUCGUAAAGUUUGUGAGUAAUCAGACAGCUCACAAAGGCUUUAAUGACACACACUAAUUUACACGUAAAUGUACACAACACACACAGUCACAUACUGUGAACACACUGCGAACACACACCUCAUUUGUGCUGCACCCUGGGUGGUUACAGCUUCUCUUCAUACUUUCAUCUCUAUUUAUUGUCACCACACGAACAGCAUUUGCUAGAUGUGAAUUUAACAAGCCUCGGUGUGUGUGUGUGUGUGUGUGUGUGUGUGUGUGUGUGUGU